UUCCACUAAUUCCUACGUAUGUAUAGACCGUAAAAAACAGAGGUUCUUGAAAAUUUCUUACUACUAUAACCUCUUGGAAAGGUAUCAAUAUCCCUAUUUUCAUUUUCCAAAAAGCCUUUUGAGUACUUCUAGAAUUUUCUUGGACAGACUUUACUUGUGUGUACAACUUGCGUGAUGACACAUGUUGUUAACUUGUUGUUUCCCUAUGACUCCUUUUUGGCCUAGAAAUACACAGUAGUAUACGCCAAAGCCUAUCUAUUUUUCCUCUCUAGCUUCAAAAACUCAUCUCUCUAUAUUUGUGUUUGUAACAGCAGCAAGGGGAUACCCUUUUUUCUUUGGCGUCUUGUAUAAAUAAAGGUGAGAGCUUUGAGUAGCAAAUGAUGAUAGGAUUAGGGGUGGAGGAGUUGAGCUUUGAGAAGCUGAUGGUGAACAAUAAUAGCAGCGGUGGGGGUUGUAAAAUGGGGGGUGGGGGUGUGAUCAGGGAGUGGAAAGAUAUACCUAUGGAGUUGUUGUUGAGGAUAGUUGCACUUGUGGAUGAUCAGACGGUGAUUGUUGCUUCUGGUGUUUGCAGUGGAUGGAGAGAUGCUAUUUCUUGGGGCCUCACUCACCUUUCCCUUUCUUGGUGCAAGAGGAACAUGAACAAUUUAGUGCUGACACUUGCACCCAAGUUCACGAAGCUGCAGGUUCUAACUCUUCGGCAAGAUUUACCACAACUUCAGGAUAAUGGUGUUGAGACAAUUGCAAAUCACUGUCAUGAACUUCAAGACCUUGAUCUUAGCAAGAGUUUUAAGCUAACUGACUGUUCACUCUAUGCUUUAGCUCAUGGCUGUCCAAACCUCACGAAGCUGAAUGUCAGUGGGUGCUCGGCUUUCAGUGACGGUGCAGUCGCAUACCUCGCUGAGCGUUGCAGAAAACUAAGAGUCUUGAAUCUUUGUGGCUGUGUUAAAGCUGCAACUGAUAAGGCAUUGAAGGCUAUUGGUUAUUACUGUACGCGACUGCAGACUGUGAAUCUAGGUUGGUGUGAUAAAGUUGGUGAUGAAGGCGUAAUGAGCUUAGCUUAUGGCUGUCCUGAUCUCAGAGCCCUUGAUCUGUGUGGCUGUGUUCUUAUAACAGAUGAGAGUGUGAUUGCGUUGGCAAACAAUUGCCCUCACCUAAGAUCGCUCGGCCUAUACUUCUGCCAGAACAUCACAGACAGAGCAAUGUACUCUUUGGCCCAGAGUCGGGUCAAGAACAAGCACGAGAUUUGGGCGUCUAUGAAGAAGAACAGGUACGAGGACGAAGGGCUUAUGAAUCUAAACAUCAGCCAGUGCACUGCUCUCACGCCUCCCGCCGUCCAGGCAGUGUGCGAAGCAUUCCCUGCCCUGCACACUUGCCCCGGGAGACAUUCCCUCAUAAUUAGCGGCUGCUUGAACUUAACAUCGGUGCACUGUGCAUGUUCUGUCCAAGCACACCGUGCACGCGUUCUCCAUCCAGCUCACUGAGUGUUGGUUGUAUGGAGGAGAAAUUUCCAAGUUCCUAGGCCUUCAUAGAGGGGAAAAAAAAGUUGGACUCGGCCUUGUACAUAUUUGUUUGUGUAAAAAUUAUGCUGGACAUUCUUGGCUGUAUAAGCCAAUCGGUUCUGUUUGUUUAAUCUUUUGGACUGAUAACUUGUUGUUUAUGUUGUUCUGACUCCUUUCAUGUGUUAAAUGUUAUGUGUAAGACUUAUAUUU